AUGACGGCCUCCAUGUCUAGGCCACACUGGCUGGUGCCAAGCCUGAUGAUCGGGAGUCUCAUAUGUGGCAUAGCCUUUGCCCUCGGCCAUCACUUUUUCUACGCCUCCUUGGAUUCCCGGAUUGUUCAAAGCAGCACCCAACAGGAAUGGAACAUUCGCAUUGGAACUGGCAUGGCAUUUCUAGUGAAAGCGUUCCUGACGGCAGCUGUGGGAUUUGCGUACACGCAAUUUCUUUGGACAACGUUGGCAUCACGCAAUUCCACGUUAGAAGGGAUAGAUGCCAUGUUUGGCGUUGCCACCAAUGCUUGGGACUUUCUCAGUUUGGAGCUGUGGCGAAAGGGACUUGGAUUGGUUGCGGUUGCUAGUGUCUUAUGGGCUUUACCCAUUGUUGCCGUAUUCACCCCAGCAGCACUUACGGUUCAACCGUCCUCAGAGUCCAACAAAACAAUACAUCGCCUUCAUCUACCCACCUUGAACUUUAGCGACCCGCAGACCUUUUCUAUAUGGGGAGGGGACGGCAUGGCUGGAUACGAAGCCCCUUCGAUCGCUGUCUCCCGAUUGGUGUCAUCAGUCGCUUCCCAGGGCUCAAUUAUUCCCAUGAAAGCACCCUAUCCAAAUAGCUCAUUUUCUACCAGUUUUCACGCUCCUUCGUUAUCUUGCCGGCCAAUGGGGGGAGGCCCCGAGUUUCACGCUGCAUUUGACAAACUCUUCCUGAAUCUUACCGAGCCAAAUUUUGGAGCGGGUAGCACGGAGAAAUCUUUCUUUAGCUUCGUCCCUCAGCAUCCGCUGGUUUUAAGAAAAAACGAAACAGACGACUGGAAACUCAGAACUCUUCUCGGUUUGCAAGCAAUCCUCGAUAAGGCUGGGUCUGCCAUGUUGGCCACUGUUGACAGUCUUGAAGACCCUAGAUCUCCUUGCUGGUUUUAUGUCGGGUUUCCGAUAAUCCAGGGAUACGCGAAUCGGACGAUUCAAUGUGGACUAUAUAACUCAUCCUACGAUGUGGAGUGGAAAUUCAGUAACGGUCAACAAACCGCCACAGUUCGCAACAUGACGAGACUUAAUCCUGUCAGCACAGCCAAUGCAGACAACAAGCUAAUGUAUUACGCCAACGGAACGCCUGAUGUUCCCUACGUAGCUGUUAUGGAUGCGUUGGAUGCCUUACUGAUGGGAUGGAUACAAUCAUCACGUUUCGGCGUUAUGUGGCCGUCACGAACGCAAAUUCUGUCCACCGUCCUUACCCAGACUUACGAAAUGCAACACUUGCGACACUCGGCUCUGAAACUUGUCCCAAUAGAACCACAAUCGCCACACAAGACAAAUCUUACUAUGGUGGAGGCCAUGGAACAACUUGUAACCAACAUCAGCUUGAGCCUUUUCAGUGUUGGAGACUUCCUGUAA